AUGGCUGUUGUCACCGCCGAACACGUUGCCAUCGCAGAGCUGAUCAUCUAUAUCCCAACGGCUUUGCUCACCAUAUGGGUAGUUCUCCGCCAUGGCUUUCACAAGCAAUUGGGCUGGAUUUACUUGUGCAUUUUUUCAGGAAUCCGAGUUGGCGGAGCUGUUAUGGAGAUCUUGAGCACAAAGAACCCAAACAAUGCAAAUGACAAAGAAUGGGCAGUGAUCUUGCAGUCUGUUGGACUUUCUCCUCUUCUUCUGUCAACAUUGGGUCUGUUAAAACGAGUGUUUGACGAGACUUCGCAGCAUGUGCCAUCAGGCCCAGAUUCCAAGAGUAAUACCUUGUUGGAAGGAUUCGCAUCUUUUGGUAUUACUGGUAAAUUAAUGAACAUUUAUUCGAAGAGGGCCACAGCUACGUCAAGACGCAGUAAGGUUGCUCAACUCUUACAUCUCCCUGCGCUUAUUGCCCUGAUCCUCGCUAUCAGCGGUGGAACCGACCAAGCCUCCUCAAAUAUCUCGGACCAUGCUAGUGGCAAGACCAAGACCCGUGUUGCAAUCAUCCUCUUCUUAGCAAUCUAUAUUGCAGCCUGCACAUUGUGGGCCAUCACAGUACGGGAUAUUGGCCUGAUGCUAUCAAGUCAAAACCGAAUCUUCUUCUGUGUUCUCCUCGCACUGCCUUUCAUCGCGGUUCGAAUUCUCUACAGUCUAAUCGGUGACUUUGGGAGCAAUCAUCAAUUUUCGGUGGUUGACGGUGACGCCAGGAUUCAACUAGUAAUGGCCACCCUUGAAGAAUUUGUCGUUGUUUUGAUGUACACAAUCUUGGGUUUGAUCACGCCCAAGUCGGUCUCAAAUGGUGGCAUGGCCGAUUCCCGCCAACAAGAGACAUACCAGACGACUGAGAAUGCUGAAAAUGGCCGUCGUCAUAGACAUGCUGAUCGUUCUCCUUAUGAUGAGGUCAUGUAUGCCCAGGCGGCGGCUCAAGAGGCCUAUAAUCAACAGCAUGUGCGGCGGUAA